GGUGGCGACAGCAUGGCAGCGCGGGUGGCGGCGCGCAAGGCGGCGCGGGUGCUGGAGGCGCCCCCCCAGCAGGAGCAGAUAUCUCACACAAAGCUUUCCGCAGAUGAUGCAUGGAACCUGCAGCAGGAGAGGAUGUACAAGAUGCACCGUGGCCACGAGUCCAUGCAUGUGGAGAUGAUCUUGAUCUUCCUCUGCGCUCUGGUCAUCACCCAGAUAGUGCUGGUGCAGUGGAGACAGAGGCACGGCCGGUCCUACAACCUGGUGACCUUGCUGCAGAUGUGGGUUGUCCCUUUGUAUUUUACAAUAAAACUUUACUGGUGGAGGUUUCUGUCUAUGUGGGGGAUGUUCUCAGUUGUCACCAGUUAUAUCCUCUUCAGAGCUACCCGGAAACCCCUCUCAGGGAGAACACCACGAUUGGUCUACAAAUGGUUUCUUCUAAUCUACAAACUCAGCUAUGCAUUUGGUGUUGUGGGUUAUUUGGCUAUCAUGUUUACAAUGUGUGGAUUCAACUUAUUUUUCAAAAUCAAAGCUAGAGAUUCCAUGGAUUUUGGCAUCGUGUCCUUGUUCUAUGGCCUCUACUACGGAGUAAUGGGGAGAGACUUUGCCGAGAUCUGCUCAGAUUACAUGGCCUCUACUAUAGGGUUCUACAGCAUCACUGGAAUGCCCACGAGGAGCCUGUCAGACGAUAUCUGUGCCGUCUGUGGCCAGAAGAUCAUCGUGGAGCUCGAUGAGGAAGGGCUCAUUGAGAACACCUACCAGCUUUCCUGCAAUCAUAUCUUUCACGAGUUCUGCAUCCGAGGUUGGUGUAUUGUUGGUAAAAAGCAAACUUGUCCUUACUGCAAAGAGAAAGUUGAUUUGAAGAGGAUGAUCAGUAAUCCCUGGGAGCGCACGCAUUUUGUUUAUGGACAAAUCCUGGAUUGGCUUCGUUAUCUGGUAGCCUGGCAACCUGUGGUCAUAGGAAUAGUUCAAGGCAUUAACUAUUCACUAGGACUAGAAUAACACAGUAGACUUACCCCAGAAGCAAUAUAUGGCAUGGUUGACAUAUUAUUAAAUCCUUGGUCCUACAUUUAAUAUUGAUUUUUUUAAUUUUACAGAUGAUCCCAAGAGUUUAGAAAACUAAAUAAAAUUUGGUGUCAUACUUAAAGCAAUUUGUCUAUGUGAGAAGAAUUUGAAGAGGAACUGAACAAUGGAAUAAGUAAAGAGUGCUCUCUCAUCUUUCCCAUCAUAACCAUUUUCUAGCCCAUGCAGACGGUGCAUUUGUUACACCCCACUCUGGACAUUCAACCUGCUGUUUGACUGAUAAUGAUCUCAUCUGUAAGGUGCUUCAGAGGUUUGUAAAGUCCUUCUCACACACGACAUUUAGUCCUAACUAAUACCCACUCAUCAGUUCAACAUCUCCAAAGAAGUAGGUAGAGUUGUUAAGUAAUCUAUGGUUUAAAGAUACUGUCUUUUCUGCUCUAUGUCCUUGUCGCCACCUGGCAGCUUCAGCACCACAAAGCCCUUCUGCACAGAGUUAAUCCCAAAGCUUCCGGCACCAGGCCCCACGUCUUCUCAAUGGGCCACAGCUACUUUGGGUUUCCUGGGACUGCCCAGCACACUCAGCACAACCAAGGGCUGCACGAAAGCGGAAAGAAUCACUCUUCUUUUGUGCCACUGUUUACACACACACACACACACACACACACACACACACACGUGUACCUGCAAACACACAUGCACAAGGACACACACGAUCAUUCCAUUGUGGUCCUCUGCUUUUAUUUACUUCAUACCACUUAUCAGUACCUGAAAUCAUACCAUGAAUUUAUUUGUUUAUUGUUUAUCUUCCACUCCAUGAAGGCAAGGAAUUUUAUGUGGUUUUUUGUGGGGUUUUUUUUACCGCUACUACAUUCCCAGCACUUUGCGCACUGGCUGGCACAUAACAAGUACUCAAGGAAUAUGUGCUGAAAGAAUAAAUUAACCUGGGAGAAGGGAACAAAAUUAACCAAACAGGGAAGAUGCACCAGUAGGAAUUAACCCCAAAAUGACAUGUUGAACUCCUAAAAUUAAUUUGUUUUAAAUUACUGGUCAUUUGUUAAACAGCCAACACUGUAUAUAUAGCACCAGAAUCUCCUCAGUGAUACUUGAAGCCAUUAUACUUGAUAAAGUGGAAAGGAAAUACCCUGAUUAUUAAUAUUUUCCUUGUCCAAGUACUGGCACUGUACUUAAUACUAUUCAAAGUUCCAUUAUCAAAACAACUCACACUAAGAUUUCUAACCGUUGGGAAUUUUCCUUCUUCAAACUGCCAGAUGCUUCAGUAUUAUGAUUGGUUCACUAUCCAAAUUACUAAAAGAUUUAAUUUGGGUUUAUUUUUCUACUUGACGAACAUUCCAAUAAUUCAAUACUUAUUACAUAGGCAUGUUCAAGGGUUAAGGAGGGAAAAACAAGAUUCUUGACCUUAUAGUCUAUUGACAAAUAAAAGACUACAUAUUUAGAUAAAGCAUUAACAAAAACUGGUUUUAAUUCUGUUAAAAAACAA